CCAGGAGGAGUGGGCACUGCUGGAUCCUGACCAGAAGGCCCUCCACCAGGAAGUCAUGGAGGAGAACUGGCAAACCGUCUCCUCUCUCGCCUAUAAAUGGAGGAAAAGAACUGUAUGGGCCAAACGUGGAAAGCGUUUUAUGGACAAAUUAGAGCUUGCCAGACACCAGAAGGCCCAAGUAAAGGAAGAAACAAAGAUCCGAGAUAAAGCCUACAAAUGCGUUGUGUGCGGGACAGAUUUUCCCACAAAAAUAACACUUAGGCUUCACAAGAGAGUCCACAGUGGAAAGAAGUGCUCUAUAAGUGAAGUGUCUGGGAAAGAAUUUAAUUCUGUGUCACACCUUGUGAACCACCAAAGAGUCCACACUGAAUGGAAACCUUACAAAUGCAAGGAAUAUGGGAGGCGUUUGGGUCCUGGUUCACAGCUUGUGAUCCAGCAGAGAGUCCAGAUAAGGGAGAAACCAUACCAGGGCCAAGUAUGUGGGAAAUGUUUUUCACAGAAUUCAUGCCUUCUCACCCAGCAGAAGGUGCACAAAGAAGAAAAUGUAUACCAAUGCCAGAAGUGUGGGAACUGCUUUGCUUACAAUUCGAGGGUGCGAAAUGUUCGAAGAUUCCGAAAAGAAAAGAAACUAUACAGAUGUCAGGACUGUGGGAAACAUUUUGCUCACAAUUCAAAACUUGUGACACAUAGGAGAGUCCACACAGGGGAGAAGCCGUACAGGUGCCAGGAAUGUGGGAAAGGUUUUGUUCAGAGGUCAGUUCUUGUGACGCAUCAGAGAGUCCACACAGGAGAGAAACCUUAUAAAUGUCAGGAGUGUGGGAACUGUUAUGCUUAUAGUGCAGGCCUUUCAAAGCAUCAGAGAGUCCACACAGGAGAUAAAUCAUCCAGAUGCCAAGAAUGUGGGAAAUAUUUUGCCCAUAGUUCACAUCUUCUGAGACACCAGAGAGUCCAUGCUGGAGGGAAAGCAUACGAAUGCCAGGAGUGUGGGAAAUGUUAUAUUCAGAGUUCAGGCCUUUUAAAACAUCAGAGAAUCCACACAGGAGAGAAACCAUACGGAUGCCAAGAAUGUGGGAAAUGUUUUGCCCAGAAGGCACACCUUCUGAGCCACCAGACAGUCCACACAGGAGUGAAACCCUACAAAUGCCAGGAGUGUAGGAAAUGUUUUGCUCAAAAUUCACACCUUCUGAGGCACCGGAGACUCCAUGCUGGAGAUAAACCGUACAAAUGCCAAGAGUGUGGGAAAUGCUUUCUUCACAAGUCAGACCUUCUGCUCCAUGAGAGAGUCCAUACAGGAGAAAAGCCGUACAAAUGUGAGGCGUGUGGGAAAUGUUUUGCGCAGAAGUCACACCUUCUGAGUCACCAGAGAGUCCACACGGGGGAGAAACCCUACAAAUGCCAGGAGUGUGGGAAAUGUUUUGCUCAGAAGUCACACCUUUUGAGACACCGGAGGGUCCACGUGGGAUAGAAACCAUACGAACACCAGGAGUCUGGGAAAUUAGUUGGGCUUGAUUCAAAUAUUUUGAGUCAUCACAGUGUCCAACACUGAAGAAACCCAUGUAAAUGUGAGAAAGGUGGGGAGUGUGAUUCUGGCUAUUCAUACCUUAGAAAUCAUCAGACAAUUCACACAAUCUUUCAAAUGUAGUGGGUGUGGGAAAUGUCAUACAAUUCAAAGCUUUUAGAGCAUUACAAAAGCGAUAGAUGAGGGAGGACAUGUCAAAAAUGCUUGACUUUGGAGAGUAUUCAAGCAGGAAACUGUUGUCAGCCGGGCAAAAGGGGCCUUUUUGGGCUGCUGCUGCCUAAACCAGAGUGUUGUUCUGUUAAACUCAGGGUAGCCAUGUUUGACUCUCUUUAGUGUGUGGAGAGGGUGGUGGCAGACCGGCUUCAGGCACUCCUGGAUGAAACAGAUGCGCUGAAUCCGUU